AUGGGCUCGACUCUGCGCUUGAAUGCAAACCUUUGCAGCACCGAACAAUUCAUAUACAUUCGUUCCCCCGCCCGCAGCCGUGAGGCGCUGUCGGUCUUCGAUGUGGGGCCGAAAUGGACAUCCGAGGCGAUGCGAGCAUCGACUGAAUGCGCAAGUAUGGGCCACGAACAGCCCGACGCAGUACCUCAGAAUGGCAGGGAUGAUGUGGCCCUCAAGAUCAUGUGGUACGCAAGGGCACAUGUGUAUCUGAUCAUAAAUACUCUGGUCUGA